CCGAGAAACAGUUAAGCGAAGAUCAGUGUCCGAUACAUAAUUCAAUCUUAAUCAUGUGGCUGAUGUGGCAUUUAUUAUUAUGGUUCACUCUCGCGAUGUCAGUAGAAUCUUGGAUAACCUGGAUACCCUGGGAUGUGAAUGAAAGGGAGCACGCGCCCCACUACGUCGAUCGGAUCCAACCUGUUGGGGAAAAAUACGGGUGGGAAAAACGUUUCCAAAGAGUAAAAGUAAAACCGAAAAGGCCGGCAGACCUGACGCCGGAUUGGAAGAUUGAAGAAAUACCCCCAGAGCCAUUUGCGCAAACUUAUUACGAAGAAUUUGAGAGGCCAUAUAAGUUGGCGCCGUUCACUAUGAGCGCUGCAGUAUGGGACGCGUCAUUAAACAACUUUGACCACCCCCAACUACUGGGUUGUUACUGCUGUACUGUUUACAAAAGAUUAACCCCGCUCGCUGGUUGUGCUGUCCUUACCACUCGGCACAUUCUGACUACGGCUACGUCCACAGAACUUGUGCUUAAAGACCUUGAUGAGGAAACAAAGGAUUUGGAAAAUAUUCUCGGUGCCUGGUACGAUAUAGCCUGGUACCACCCUAACAACAGCGUAUAUAUGACCCCUGCAAGGAUUCAUUAUCAUCCUAACUAUAUAAUGCCAGAAAAUGUAAAUGCCUCACAUCCAAUCCCGGGAGUCUUUGAUUUGGCAGUAUGGGCGUCAACAUAUCCAUUUUAUCGCUAUCAUAAUGCCAAUGGUUGGCGGAACACCUACGUAUGCAACAGAGCAGGAUCAUAUUGGCUACAAUUCGGCUCUCCGGUGCUUGGAUCCGUAAAACAGCCCGUCGCCAUUAUAGUGGGAUUCCAGUUUAUACUAUGGUACAAAAGAAAGCCUAGCCCUUUCUACAAAUAUGCGGUGAAAACACAGAAGUACACGGGUAAAUGUCCAAAGACCGAAUGGGGGUGGUUCUUCUGCGUUUGGGGCAGAUGGGCAGGCUUAGGGCUGGAAAGUGGUGCCGCCCUCCACAGGGCAACACAAGGGCAAUCUUGGCUCUACGAUGGCCUCCUGGGUUUGAACUCCUUCUCUAUGGACCUGAGGGCCAAAGAGCUCACACAUUACUUCACUCCAGUGGAAAACCACGCCGUUUUGUCCUGGCUUUAUGACGCAUAUAUGGGCAGAGUGGAUUAUCGCUGGCUGGAUGAUCGUUUUGAGAACACGGAAUGGCGAGCACCGCUGCCAAAACCAGGAGUCAAAAUCGAAUGGAAAUACAACGAUAUUACUCUAUGGAUUCCGAGCGGUGGGUUCGAGCCUCCGAUAUUUUAUAAAAAAUAAACUUCUGGUCGACUCUGGCUCUGGAUGGACUCUGGUCGUAAAACUAAAUUAAAACUAAACUAAAAAAAGACAAAAGGUGUAGUAGCACAAUUUGUUCUGUAAAUAUUUUUACCAACCUAGAUAAUAAAAAAAAAACGAUUAUAAAAAUAACUAAAUAAAAAUAUAAAUAAUGAAUAUAUAAAAUCCGGAUAUAUUUUAUCCGGAUUGGCGGGAAACUACAAACGACAGGGUCGAGUGGAGGAAACGAGGGGAGACCUUUGCCCAGCAGUGGGACACUAAAUUAGACUAAUAAAAAACCGGCCAAGUGCGAGUCGGACUCGCGUUCCUUACAUUACACAAUUUAAACAAUGUAUUUUUUAUGUGAAAUGUUUUUAUAUAAAACCCGUAGGGGUCGGAUCAAAAACCAAGUUAUUAAGUCCGACUCACGCUUGACUGCACAUUUCUAAUAGGUUUUCCUGUGAUCUAUAAAAUAGGUAAAGAUCUAUUUUGUGUAUUUUUUCAAAAUUUUUGACCUAGUAGUUUCGGAGAUAAAGGGGGGUGGGGGAAUGGUCAUUUUUUGCCUAU